GGCCCCGCCCCUUCCUGUCGCUGCGGCCCGCAGCUGGCGGCGGGGCCCGGCGCCCGCUCAGCCCGCCCCCUCCCUGCCGCCCCGCCCGCGCCACCGCGCCGGCCGCUGUCAGAGGCGCGUUGUAUGCUGAGCAGCUGUCGUCGCUGGCUGCUGCACGUCCUGGUCCCGAGCUUCCCGCCGCUAACCCGCGGACUGCGGUUCUUCCCUCUCCAACUCAUGAAGCCGUUGGUCGUGUUCGUUUUGGGCGGGCCCGGUGCGGGCAAGGGGACCCAGUGCGCGCGCAUUGUUGAGAAAUAUGGCUACACACACCUUUCUGCAGGAGAGCUUCUUCGUGAUGAAAGGAAGAAUCCAGAUUCACAGUAUGGUGAACUUAUUGAAAAGUACAUUAAAGAAGGAAAGAUUGUACCAGUUGAGAUAACCAUCAGUUUAUUAAAGAGGGAAAUGGACCAAACAAUGGCUGCCAAUGCUCAGAAGAAUAAAUUCUUGAUUGAUGGCUUUCCAAGAAAUCAAGACAACCUUCAGGGUUGGAACAAGACCAUGGAUGGGAAAGCAGAUGUAUCUUUUGUUCUGUUUUUUGACUGUAAUAAUGAGAUCUGUAUUGACCGAUGUCUUGAAAGGGGAAAAAGUAGUGGUAGGAGUGAUGACAACAGAGAGAGCUUGGAAAAGAGAAUUCAGACUUAUCUUGAAUCAACAAAACCAAUUAUUGACCUAUAUGAAGAAAUGGGCAAAGUCAAGAAAAUAGACGCUUCUAAGUCUGUUGAUGAAGUAAGUGUAUCUGCCUUGUCCUUGCAGCAAAUAAAAAACGUGACCACUGGGGUAGGUAUAAAGAAAAGAUACUCUAAACGAUAGGACUUAGCUUUUCAAGACGUUUGAGGCUAACUGUGAAAUGUGCUUUUUUUUUUUAGUAAGACUGAAAUGGGUUUUAUAACAUCAGACCUGUUUUUCACAAGAAGUGGGUAGUUUAUUAAUUCCAAACCUCUUUUCUCAAACAGGGAAAGAUUGGUAUUUUCAGUACAAUGAUUUGGAUCUUGUUCAUUGUUAAAAUCUGUAGCACAACUGGCACGUCAUAGCCAAGGGCCCCAGCUGGUCUCUCUUACAGAACACAGAACUCCUGAGGUACAGGUUUCCCAGGAUGCAGCUCUCUCUCUCUCUCUGUCUUGCUCAGAGCUCAGUGUCUGUCAGUCCCUGCCUGCAGAUGCUCCUACUGCUUUCUGAGUUCAUCUACUCUCCCUUUCCCCAAUCCUCAGUCUUGUUUCUCUUGAAAUCACUGGCCAAAGCAAGGCUCUGAGGAGGACUCACUGAGCAAAUCUGUCACCCGCAGAUUUCUUGUUUUCUGCCUGUAGCAGGGAGUCGUUUGGUACAUGAUAGAGAGCGCUUGGCCAUUUAGAAUCAGGAUGACUCUGUUGUUGGAGUUUGUAUUUUAGCAGACUGCUAGCAGCCCAUCAAGAAGCACAUUUAGUCCAAAAGCAUUUUAAUAAAAUGGAAGGCAGAAGCUCACAGUUUUAUGUGCUUUGUUUAACUUACUGAUAGAGUGAAAGGAAUGGAAGAAAUUAUGAUGUUUAAAAUCAGUACAAAAUUGAUGUUUUUGAACAGGAACUUAGCUGUACAAUCUUUUAUCUGUAUUUCGUUUAUUUUUAAUUUUGGAGUUGGGACUUGAACCCAGGACCUCAAACAUGCUACACUGUGUUUUAACAAUAUCUGCUUUUAAAAUUGUCUUUCUCCCCGACAGGUUUUUGGUGACGUUAUGAAGAUUUUUGACAAAGAAGGCUAACUAACCCUGGGACAUCUUUGAAAUCAUGCUUGAAUAUUGCUUUGAUAGCUGCUAUCACAGCCCCCUUUUAAGGCAGUUUUAAGAUUACAUCUCAAUUAAUGUCUAGAAAUAUAUAGUAAGACAAAUUAUGUGUUUUUUAAUUUGUGGUCACAGUGCACAGUGAAUUCAGGUUUAAAUCAUUUUAGGUAUUAUGGUGCUCACAAAAUGAAGAAGGGUAUCAGCUAAUUCUUGUCUGUGUUAAAAGACUAUCCCCUUAAUCCCUUUUAUGUCUGUGCCUUCUGGGAGACAAUUUCUUUUUAGUAUGCAUGUGUAUCCCUUUUGUAAUUGCAGUGUGUUGGGAUUUGGGAUUUCCACUUCCUCUUACUGCACAUUUAAAAUUUCCAACCUGCUAAGUGAAUUUGUGGACCAAAUUUAAAGGAACUUUAUGUGUAGCUGGUUCUUGCUCAAGGUGUUUAGUAAACAAACUCAGAAAAUGGAUUCCUAGCAAUGUUCUAUUUAUCAGAUGACUGACCAUUUCCUGUCGAAAGUUAAAACGUAGAGAUUGAUUUACUACAGCUUGUGCAAAGUCUUUGUUCCAAGGUUUGAGUCGGGACAGGAGCUUCAGAGCCUGGCAGGAUUGUCAGCUGUCUUCUGACAUCAUCUGUGGGGCAAGGGUCACAAGGAGUGACUUGUGUUCCUGUGCUCUGGGACACAGAGCUAGUCAUCAUUCAGCCAAUGUUAGCAUAGUUCCUAGAAGUAGACUCUUGACACGCAUUCACUAGUUUAUGCUAAUUUGUUCUUGUUUUAAUAAUAAUUUGUUCAAGUUUUUUUUUGUUUGUUUUGUUUCUUAGACUAAAUACAGAGUUGGAAUAAAUUAGAUAAAGCAAUCUAGUGGUUAAAAUCCCAUUUGUAUUUUAUUUUCUGGAAUAUGUUUUUCAUGGUUACUUGUUUUAAAAGAUUUUAAAAAAUCAUUGCACUUUGGUCAGAAAGAUAAUAAAUAUAUCUUAUAAAUGUUUGAUUCCCUUCCUGCUUGCUUUUUCAAUAAAGUUUGAAAGUCCAAGUGAUUUUCUUUCUCUAAAAAAUUAAAAA